AUGGCGGUCGUUAUGACCAACUGGAAUGCGACGAUUCUCGGUCCAGCCAAUUCUGUGCACGAAAAUCGGAUCUAUUCAUUGCGUCUUGUCUGUGGUGAUUCAUACCCGCAGGUGCCACCAGAAAUUUGGUUUGUUACAAAGAUCAAUUUGCCAUGCGUGGACCAGUCGAAUGGUCGCGUGCGACCGGAUCAAUUCAUGCCGCUUCUCCAGUGGCGUACCGACUAUACGAUGGAAAGCUUAUUGGCAGAGCUGCGUCGCAUGAUGGCAUUACCUGCAAACCGAAAACUUGCUCAGCCACCGGAAGGCACUACAUACUAG